AUGUGUGGUAUCAUCGCCGUUAUCCACGCCGACCCUGCGUCCACCUCGGCCGCCGUCGAGAUCCACGAUGCCCUAUACCUGCUCCAGCAUCGAGGCCAGGACGCCUGCGGUAUAGCCACCUGUGCAGCCGGUGGUCGCUUCUACCAGUGCAAGGGCAACGGUAUGGCGUCGAAGGUCUUCCACGACGGCUCCAGGGUUGCGGACCUGCCCGGUUUCAUGGGCCUGGGUCACCUCCGCUACCCCACCGCUGGCAGCAGCGCCAACUCUGAGGCCCAGCCCUUCUAUGUCAACAGCCCGUACGGUAUCUGCAUGACGCACAACGGCAACCUCAUCAAUGCUCCUGAGCUCAAGAAGUUCCUUGAUCAGGAGGCGCACCGCCACAUCAACACCGAGAGCGACAGUGAGCUCAUGCUCAACUGCUUUGCCAAUGAGCUCAACGAGACCGGCAAGGCUCGUGUCAACGCUGAGGACUGCUUCAGCGCGCUGAGCAGGAUGUACAAGCGCUGCGUCGGUGGUUGGGCCUGUACCGCCAUGCUUGCUGGUUUCGGUCUGAUCGGCUUCCGUGACCCCUACGGUAUCCGCCCCAUGGUCCUGGGCUCCAAGCCUUCGGAAUCCGGCCACGGCACCGAUUACAUGAUGGCCUCUGAGUCUGUCGCUCUCACUCAGUGUGGUUACACCACCUUCCAGGACAUUCGUCCUGGUCAGGCUGUCAUCAUCGAGAAGGGCAAGGAGCCCAUCUUCCGCCAGGUCCACCCUGAGCUUGGCUACACUCCUGACAUCUUCGAGUACGUCUACUUUGCUCGUCCUGACUCCGUCAUGGAUGGCAUUGAUGUCGACGAGAGCCGUCGUAGAAUGGGUUUCAAGCUUGCCGAGACGAUCAAGAAGGAGCUCGGCCCUGAGGGUCUUGCCGAGGUCGACUGCAUCAUGCCCAUUCCUGAAACUGCCAUUACCUCUGCUCUGUGUGUCUCCGCUGGUUUGAAGAAGCGCUAUGUCCAAGGUUUCGUGAAGAACAGGUACAUCUUCCGUACCUUCAUCAUGCCUACCCAGAAGCUGCGCCAAAAGGGUGUCCGCGCGAAGCUCAAUGCCAAGCCGUCUGAUUUCAAGGACAAGGUUGUUGUUCUGGUUGACGACAGUAUCGUCAGAGGAACCACGAGUCGUGAGAUUGUUCAGAUGGCUAGAGAAGCUGGUGCUAAGAAGGUCAUUUUCACCAGCUGCGCUCCGCCGAUCACCAAUGCCCACAUCUACGGUAUUGACCUCGCGUCGACAUCAGAGCUGAUUGCCUACAACCGUUCUUCGCCGGAGAUUGCCGAGAAGAUUGGUGCGGAUGCCGUCAUCUACCAGACCCUUGAUGACCUCGAGGGUGCUUGCGCUUCGCUUUCGCCUCGCGACCCAGCAACCCAGAAGUUCGAAGUCGGUGUCUUCUGCGGCAAAUAUGUCACUCCUGUGGACGAUGAUUACUUCGACCGCCUUGAGCGCAUUCGCGGCGAGAGCAGGAAACUGAAGGUCAUGGAGAGUGCCAGGCAGGCCGUCAUGCAUGGCGCGGCAACUGAAAGCCAAGUUCGCAUGGCGGCAAAGGGAGUCGAAGUUGACAGGCACGGAAACGUCAUCCCCGCGGAAGAAGACGGCCUAGUCAACGGUUACGCCGCGAUCGGUACUGACCGCCCCGACGACCUCGAGAGAAGAGCCACGGGAGAGUCGCAAACCCGUGUCAGGGAGACACAAGACAUGAGUUUGCACAACAUCAACGACCACCAAUAG